AUGUCCUUGACGCUUAAAUCAAAAUUCGCUCGUUUUCGCCGGCUACCUACGUUUUCUUUAACGACCUUAUUCAUGCGCCAUAAAUCCACAUAUUCAUCGCUUAAUAAACCAUCACCUCCUCCACUAGAAAACAAAGAAGAUCAAAGAGAGUUUGAAGAACUUGUACGCAAGAAUCUCGGUUCAAUGUGGACAAAUUACGAUGAAACAGUCGCCGAUGAAGAAACCACACAUCCAGAUGUAAGGCGAAAGCCGCCGGCAGAAUUCGAGGGUGAUAAAAAUCCAGUGACUGGUGAAAUUAACGGACCUAAACAUGAUCCGUUAAAGCAUGGUGAUUGGAGUUAUGGCGCUAGAGUUACCGAUUUUUGA